UCAACGUGUCAGUCAUAAAAUCACGUGACUUGAUCACGUGACGGUGGCAUUAAAUAGAGUAUCCCUGCAUGUGAGUAAAUGUCUCAGAGAAGAGUCUAUCCUAGUAAUCCUUCAGUGCCAACAGGGCCCUCUCCUGGUUACCAUGGAAACCUACCCCAGCAGCAGCAGCAGAGACAGUACCCUCCUCCUCCUCCUGGGGGUGUGGCUAAUAAGCUAGGGGCAAUGAGUUUAGGUCCUCCUGGUCCCCCGUCUGGUUCAUUAAUGGGAGCUCCGCCCACCUCAUUAAUGGGUUCUCCCCCUCAACCAACUGUUAACGGCCCACCUCCUUCAUUAAUGGGAGCUCCACCCACCUCGUUAAUCUCUCAUUCAUCAGCUGGUCCCUCCUCCCUAAUGGGUCCUGGCCCACCAGGCCCUUCAUUAAUGGGUCCUCCUCCUCCUCUUAGGCCACACCCAAUGGGACUAAUGGCCCCACCUACACAACUAGGAGGGGGCCCUCCGACUAAUAUUAGACCUCAGCCACCGCCCACUCAAUUAGCAGGACCUCCACCUAUGAAUAGACCUCAAUUAGUGGGCCCUCCUCCACCCACUCAAUUAGCAGGUCCUCCUCCACUUAUUAAUAGACCUCAGCCACCGCCCGCUCAAUUAGCAAGACCUCCACCUAUGAAUAGACCUCAAUUAGCUGGUCCUCCUCCACCCACUCAAUUAGCAGGUCCUCCACCUACUCAAUUAGCGGGUCCUCCGCCCACUCAAUUAGCGGGUCCUCCACCCACUCAAUUAGCAGGUCCUCCUAAUAUUAGGCCUCAGGCUCCGCCCACUCAUUCUCAGUUUCCUCCUCAUCCUUCUCUAGCUCCUCCCACUUCAGCGGCCCAAGGUCCCCCGACAGGAUCUCAUUCCCAUACUCUCAUGUCUCAUACCGGUACUCAUGGUAUGUACAUGGCUGAAGGUGGGGGCAGUACUGGAAUGAGUAUGGCAGGUCCGCCUCCACUGGGUCACAUGACAGCUCCUCCUCCUAACAAGUAUCCUCAUUCUGGACCAACCGGUUUGACUGGCUCUACUCUCCAACCUCAACCAGAACCUCAACCUCCUCCUCCUCAGCAGGUGCUUCCCAACAUUCAGCCUGUCAAUGUGCAAGAAGUUCGUAAUAUCUUACCUGCCACACCCAUCACAGUCUCCACCCCACUACUACCGCAGCACCUACGGGAUCUUAAUCCGGAUCCUUCUGUGUUCUGCUCUACAAUGUCGACUGUUCCAGCUACUUCUGGACUCCUCAAUAAGAUGAAGUUACCCUUUGCUAUUCAUAUUCAUCCAUUCAAGGACAGCAAGGCUAGGGAAUGUCCAGUCAUUAAUCCCAGUACUAUUGUAAGGUGUAGGGUCUGCAGAGCUUAUAUCAAUCCUUUUGUGUCCUUUGUGGACCAGAAACAUUGGAGGUGUAACUUCUGCUUUAGAAAUAACAUUGUUCCUGAUAAUUAUGAUUAUAAUCCUCAGUCUGGUAAGUCAGGUGAUCACUCCUUCCAUCAGGAGUUGCGUCAUUCGUCAGUUGAGUACAUAGCACCUUCGGAAUAUAUGGUCCGUCCUCCUCAACCCAGUGUAUAUUUCUUUGUUAUUGAUGUAACCUACCCAACCAUACAAUCAGGUCUUCUUGAUGUAUUCUGUGCUACUCUGUUGGAUUGUAUCAAUAAGUUACCUGGUGACAGUCGGACUAUGGUUGGAUUCCUCUCAUUCGACCACACCCUCCACUUCUACAAUCUCAAACCGUCCCAAGCUCAGCCUCAGAUGCUGGUUGUAUCAGAUUUAGAAGAUCCUUUCAUUCCAUCUCCUACGUCACUCCUCGUUAAUUUGAGAGAAUCAAAAGAACUGGUGAAGUCUUUCCUGCAAGAUUUCCCUCGUAUGUUCGUCGAUCAAAGAAACCUUCAAAGUGCUUUAGGACCUGCUUUAGCCAUUACUGAGAAGCUGCUGCAUCAGAUCGGUGGUAGGAUCACCGUGUUGAUGAGUUCACUGCCUAACGUGGGACCAGGAGCACUUAAAGUGAAGGAAGCUACUGGAGCUACUAAAAUGGAUCAGCUCAAUAUGUCUGCCAGUACUGAUUUCUACAAGAAGUUAGCUCUGGAUUGCUCCGCCCAGCAAAUCGCAGUUGAUCUUUUUGUCUUCUCAAGCAAAUCCCAAAGCAUUGACCUCAUGACAGUCUCAACCGUCGCCAAGUUCUCCUCCGGUCAAGUGAGGUACUAUCAGAGCUUCCACUCUGAGAGGGCCAGUGUCAGGGAAAAAUUUGAAAAAGACUUUAAGUAA